GAAACGAAUCCUAAUGACAAUUGCUCUAAUUUACAGCCGAAGAGCAGAGACUCGGGCACGCGGUGAGCCGGUUAUCAUACCCUCAUUUGAGUUCAAUUUCCAACAGCCAAACUAUACUUCCUACAUUUCAUUUCCUAAUUUUUUUUUGAAUUAUCCUACUUUAUAUUUUAUUUAUUCCUAAAUCAAAUUAGCGUAUUUUUGAAGAACAAUGGGAGCAUUAAAUCCCGUUUUCCGCAAUUAUUGUUUAUCAAACUGGAUUCGAGCAACUUCUAAAGAGAUCAGAAGCGCAUUCUGCACCGGCAAUGUUGACGGAUUCACUACUUCUAAAGUCAAAAUUUUCGAUCGUGAUUUCAAACGUAUACAGCGUGAUCGAGCAGCAUGGUUGGCACGCCCAGAUGAUUCAUUUGUAAAUUCUGUGGCUGAGAAUCUUUUGGAUCGCCUAGAGGAUUGUAAAAAAACAUUUCCUACCGCAUUAUGUUUGGGAGGCUCCCUAAAGGCAAUAAGGCGUUUGUUGCAUGGGCGGGGUGGCAUUGAAAAGCUCAUCAUGAUGGAUACUUCUCUUGAUAUGGUCAGAUCAUGUAAAGAUGCUGAGAAGGAUAUGCCUGACCAAAAUGUUGAAACAUCUUUUGUCAUAGGUGAUGAAGAGUUUCUACCAGUGAAAGAAAGUUCAUUAGAUCUGGUCAUCAGCUGUUUAGGACUGCACUGGACAAAUGAUCUUCCUGGAGCCAUGAUACAGUGCAGGAUGGCACUGAAGCCUGAUGGACUCUUUUUAGCUGCUAUUCUUGGUGGCGAAACAUUGAAAGAAUUGAGGGUAGCUUGUACCUUAGCACAAAUGGAACGUGAAGGUGGCAUAAGCCCUCGAUUAUCUCCUCUGGCACAGGUCCGAGAUGCCGGCAAUCUUUUGACAAGGGCAGGCUUCACCCUUCCAGGUGUUGAUGUUGAUGAAUACACUGUUAAGUAUGAAAAUGCUUUGCAGUUGAUUGAACAUCUUCGUGCAAUGGGUGAAACUAAUGCUCUUGUGCAGAGGAACAAUAUUUUGAAGAAAGAGACGGCACUGGCAACGGCUGCUAUCUAUCAAUCAAUGUUUGGAGCAGAAGACGGCACUGUUCCGGCAACAUUUCAGGUGAUAUUUAUGACCGGAUGGAAAGAGCACCCAUCUCAACAGAAGGCUAAACGGAGGGGAUCUGCUACUGUAUCUUUUCAAGACAUUCACAAUCAAUUUGGCAGUCAACAUCAGUAGUUAUUUCGGCCCACAUACAUCUGCAACUGUUGCGCAACCAGUGGCAGAAGAUUACUAGGGCAGGACCGUGGGGGGGGGGGGGUGUCAUCAUCCCCGAAUUUUUUUUUUUUAUAAUAAUAGUUGAUUUAGUGAUAAAGCUAAUAUUUUUAUUACGAAGGUUCAAACUUUUUCCCUCUUGAAUUUUAUUUCCGAGUUUCACUAAUGUGCAUAGGAGAUAUUUCAAGUUUAGUUCUUAGUAAUUGAUGCCUUUUCAUUACAUCUUCAUAGGAUGAUGAACCAUGUCGUAAUAGUGCUUUUUUAAAAAAAAAACAGCGAUAUAUGCAUUGUCUGUAACACUUUGUUUGGACAGUGGAAAUCGAAGGAAAAAGAAAAGGAGAGUUUAGAAGUGUUGUAAAUGUUAGACUCCAAGAGGAAGAAAAGAAGACGAAAAAUAAAGAGAAAAACAAAGCAUAUAAGCAAGUACUCAAAAGAAAUUUUGCAAGAAUAAUCCCUACUUGACUCCCUUCAUCAAGGCAAGGCCAAGCCUUGGCACACUAGCUAAUUGAUUAAAUUCAUCAUAAGUUUGCGUGAUUUGACUCUUGCGUCGAUAAAGAUUCAAUAUUAUUUUCUUUGUUUUAUAUCAUUUAAAAGGAGGUGGAUUUAAAAUGAAGAAAUUGAAAAAUGAAUGAGGCUAUUCAGUGUACU